AUGGCGGCGGCGGCGGGGGGCCAGGGCAGCGGCAGCGAGGACGGCGAUGUCCCUGCCGCCACCCGCCUGCAGGCCUACGCCUGGUGCCGCGAGUUUCUGGCCGGCUCCUGGAAGCUCAUCGGCCCGGACGAGUUCGGCAUCUGGCCCAUCGGAGGGGGGCUCAGUAACCUGCUGUACAAGUGUGCGCUGCCCGAGCACGUGCAGAGCGUGGGGGACGAGCCCCGGCAGGUGCUGCUGCGCGUCUAUGGGGCCAUCCUGCAGGGCGUGGACUCGCUGGUGCUGGAGAGCGUCAUGUUCGCCAUCCUGGCCGAGCGCGCGCUGGGGCCGCGCCUCUUCGGGGUGUUCCCGCAGGGCCGCCUGGAGCAGUACCUGCCGAGCCGGCGGCUGCGCACCGAGGAGCUGCGGGACCCGCGCGUCUCGGCCGAGAUCGCCGUCACCAUGGCGCGCUUCCACGGCAUGGCCAUGCCCUUCAACAAGGAGCCCAAGUGGCUCUUUGGGACCAUGGAGGGGUACCUGCAGCAGAUCUCAGAGCUGACGUUCUCAGAGCCGUCACAGCUGCAGCAGCUGGAGCAGCUCCGGGGCUACAACCUGGAGCAGGAGAUGAGGAGCCUCAGGGACCUGCUGGAGGCCACCCCGUCCCCGGUGGUCUUCUGCCACAACGACGUGCAGGAGGGGAACAUCCUGCUCCUGGCGGGGCGCGAGGCCUCCUCAGACCGGCUCAUGCUCAUCGACUUCGAGUACAGCAGCUACAACUACCGGUGGGCUUGGGGGGGCUUUGACCUGGGCAAUCACUUCUGCGAGUGGGUUUACAGCUACAGCCACGAGGGCUGGCCCUGCUUCCAGGCACACCCCGAGCACUACCCCAGCCGCCAGCAGCAGCUCCAUUUCAUCCGCCAUUACCUGUCGGCGGCGCUGUCGGGCGGCGCCGGGCGGGCCCCGCAGGAGGAGCAGGCGCGCCUGGAGGAGGAGAUGCUGCGGGAGAUCGAGCGCUUCACCCUGGCCUCACACUUCUUCUGGGGGCUCUGGUCCGUGGUGCAGGCCAAGAUCUCCACGAUCCACUUUGGGUACCUGGAUUACGCCCAGAGCCGUUUCCAGGCCUAUUUCCAGCACAAGGCUCGCUGCUCCUGAGGGGAUCCCCC